AUGUUGACUGCGAAGUCCUCAAUUCUGAUUAUCGGCGCUGGGACGUGGGGUUGCUCGACUGCCCUCCACCUGGCCCGGAGAGGGUAUGAGAAUGUUCAGGUCCUCGAUCCAUUCGAGGUGCCAUCACCUAUUGCUGCAGGCAACGAUGUCAAUAAGAUUAUGGAGCAUAAGGAGGUGAAAGACUCGCAUAAGGAUGCUAGAAGCAUCGCCUUUGCUACCUUCACUAGAGCUGCAUUAAAGGGUUGGAAAACAGACCCAGUCUUCUCUCCCUACUUCCAUGAGACAGGCGUCAUAGUCUCGGGGAGCACACCCGAAAUUAUCCAGCACAUUCUAGAGGGAGAGAUUGACUCGGCAAAAGGCGAUUUUGUCACGCUCAAAACUGCGGAAGACUUUCGCAGAACAAUGCCGCCUGGUGUGUUGACCGGUAAAUUCCCUGGUUGGAAGGGAUGGUUCAGCCCCAAAGAUGCAGGAUGGAUACAUGCUCGCAAGGCCAUGAUAUCUGCAUACACCGAGGCGAAAAGACUUGGAGUCAAAUUUACGACGGGCACUCCUCACGGCAAAGUCGUGGCUCUGGCCUAUCAUAAUGGGGAUGUAACCGGUGCCCAAACUGCAGACGGUACUAUCCACCAUGCCGAUCAUGUUAUUCUGGCGGCCGGUGCCGGGUCCGACCAGCUGCUUGACUUCAAAAAGCAGCUACGGCCCACGGCUUGGACGCUAUGUCAUAUCUCUAUGACUGCCGAGGAGGCUCAAGGAUACCGGAAUUUGCCUGUCCUCUUCAAUGUCGCGAAGGGGUUCUUCAUGGAGCCUGAUGAGGAUAAGCAUGAACUCAAGAUAUGCGAUGAGCAUCCUGGAUACUGCAACUUUAUCGAAACCCCGAAAAUUCUUGGGGAAAAGAGAAGUGUACCAUUUGCCAAAGAACAGAUUCCGUUGGAAGCAGAAGCUCGUGCGAGGAGCUUUUUGCAGGAUACAAUGCCUCAUCUUGCAGAUAGACCUUUGUCUUUCGCUAGAAUCUGCUGGGAUGCGGACACGGUUGAUCGAGCAUUCUUGAUCGAUCGACAUCCAGAAUUUCCUUCUCUGUUAGUGGCUGUUGGGGGCUCUGGUAAUGGAGCUAUGCAGAUGCCGUCGAUCGGUGGUUUUAUUGCCGAUGCGUUGGAAGGGAACUUGCAGGAGGAGUUGAAAAAGGUGGUCCUAUGGCGACCGGAAAUCGCCAUUGCACGAGAUUGGAAGUCUACACAAGGUCGGUUUGGUGGUCCGGAUAGGGUCAUGGACUUUCAAGAUGUCAAGGACAAUGAGUGGACUUGCAUUAGAACCGAGGGAUCCAAGCUUUAA